CGCUGAGCUCAGAGAUGAAGAUGGAGGCUCUGCACAUCUCCUGCCAUCAGUAGGAGCUCCAACCUCCUCCCCACAAACACCACCUGCACAUCCUUCUCCUGUCCGACCCCCCAGGAAGGAUGACUGUGGUGUCAACGGAGAACAUGGACGAGACCUCCACCCUGCCGGGCCACCCGCAGGACCCCUACCCGCCCGACGACGAUCACAACGACCACGACUGCUGCGAGCGAGUGGUCAUCAACAUCUCCGGGCUGCGCUUCGAGACCCAGCUGAAGACCCUCGCCCAGUUCCCAGAAACGCUCCUUGGGAACCCCAAGAAGCGGAUGCGCUACUUCGACCCGUUAAGAAACGAGUAUUUCUUUGACCGGAACCGACCGAGUUUUGACGCCAUUUUGUACUAUUACCAGUCUGGGGGUAGGCUGCGACGGCCAGUUAACGUCCCUCUGGACAUGUUCUCUGAGGAGAUUAAGUUCUAUGAACUUGGCGCGGAGGCAAUGGAGAAGUUUCGUGAGGACGAGGGAUUUAUCCGUGAAGAGGAACGACCUCUGCCAGAGAAGGAGUUCCAGCGGCAGAUUUGGCUCCUCUUUGAGCAUCCGGAGAGCUCGGGGCCUGCCCGAGGGAUUGCCAUCGUCUCUGUGAUGGUCAUUCUUAUUUCCAUAGUCAUAUUUUGUUUGGAAACUUUACCGGAGCUGAAGGAGGAUCCGAGUGACCGGAUGCACGUGGUGGGGAACACCACAGUGUAUUACAAAGCCAACUUCCUGACAGACCCUUUCUUUGUGGUGGAGACGCUGUGUAUCAUCUGGUUCUCCUUUGAGUUGAUAGUACGGUUCUUCGCUUGCCCCAGCAAGGCAGCAUUCUUCAAAAACAUGAUGAACACUAUCGACAUUGUGGCUAUAAUCCCGUACUUCAUCACCCUUGGCACGGAGCUGGCUGAUGACCAAGGCAACAGGGAGGGCAGGGGAGGAGGCGAACAGGCAACCUCUUUGGCUAUUCUCAGGGUAAUCCGUCUGGUGAGGGUGUUCCGGAUCUUUAAACUGUCCCGACACUCCAAAGGGCUACAGAUUCUGGGGCAGACUCUGAAGGCGAGUAUGAGAGAGCUGGGGCUGCUCAUUUUCUUCCUCUUCAUUGGCGUGAUUUUGUUUUCCAGUGCCGUUUACUUUGCUGAAGCAGAAGAGAAAGAGUCCUUCUUCACCAGCAUCCCAGAUGCUUUCUGGUGGGCCGUGGUGUCCAUGACAACAGUUGGCUAUGGGGACAUGUACCCCGUGACCAUCGGAGGGAAGAUUGUGGGCUCGCUGUGUGCCAUAGCUGGUGUGCUGACCAUUGCACUGCCGGUGCCGGUCAUCGUGUCCAACUUCAACUACUUCUACCACCGGGAGACGGAGGGCGAGGAGCAGGCACAGCUGCUCAACAUCAGCAACCAGAAUUUGGUGUCUGAAACCAACUCGAGCCGCCGCAGCUCCUCGGUGGUCAGCAAGUCGGAGUACAUGGAGAUCGACGAGGACUUGAACAACAGCAUAGAUAACUUUAGGGAAGCAAACCUUCGAACUGCCAACUGCACGGCGCCGAGCCAGAACUGUGUGAACCGAGCCAAGCUGCUGACAGAUGUGUGA